CCUUCCUGAGCUGGCGAGUUAUUCUCUGGAACUGCGGAGGAUUGAUUAUACACCAAAAUGAGAAAGGAAGUCAAAUUCAAUGGGAUUACACUCAGAAACUUUUUGUGAUUAAAGUUCCAGAGUCUCUUCUCCGGGAAUCAAGACUGCCAUCCCUGCACGGCAACAUGCUCGGCACAGAGCCCUCCACAGGUUCAGGAGAUGGAGACAGCCUGCCCAAGCUUCCGCUGCCGGACCUGGCAGACACACUGGACCUGUACCUGAGGAGCAUGAAACACCUGCUGACAGAGGAGCAGUUCUCCAAAACCCAGAAAGCAGUGAAGCAGUUUGCAGCACCAGGAGGAGUCGGGGAGCUUCUGCAGAACAAGCUGAAAGAGAAGAGAGAGAGCAAAGCAAAUUGGGUGUACGACUACUGGUUGAACGACAUGUACCUCAACAACAGACUGGCACUGCCCGUCAACUCCAGCCCGGCCAUGGUUUUCCCGCUGCAGAACUUCAAAGCGCCCAUCGAUUCCUUGAGGUUUGCUGCUCACCUGAUCUCUGGUGUGUUGGAGUACAAGACUCUUCUGGACGCACAUGCGCUGCCAGUGGACUACGCUCGGGGUCAGCUGGCAGGAACUCCCCUCUGCAUGGAGCAGUACUACCGCCUCUUCACGUCCUACCGACUCCCAGGACACCAGAGAGACACGCUUGUGGCCCAAGAGAGUAGCGUGAUGCCAGAACCAGAACACAUCAUCGUCGCUUGUCGAAACCAGUUUUUCGUGCUGGAUGUGGUAAUCAACUUUCGGCGACUCAACGAAAGAGACCUGCUGACUCAGCUUCAGAGAAUCACCAAGAUGGCAGACGGCGACGAGGAAAAGCAGCCACCUGUCGGCCUCCUCACCUCAGACGGCCGGACAGAGUGGGCCGUGUCGCGCAGCGUGCUUAUGAGAGAGUCGACCAACAGGGACUCCUUGGACAUGAUCGAGCGUUGUCUGUGUUUGGUGUGUCUGGAUGACUCCUGUGGGGCGGAGCUUAGCGAGACCACGCGGGCUACGAUGAUGCUGCAUGGAGGUGGAGUUGCCAAAAAUGGGGGUAACCGCUGGUACGACAAGCCCAUGCAGUUAGUCGUAGGAGCAGGUGGCUGCUGCGGAGUCGUUUGUGAACAUUCGCCGUUCGAAGGAAUCGUCCUGGUGCAGUGUACAGAGUAUCUGCUCAAAUACAUGAUUGGCAGCCCGUCGAAGCUGGUCAGGGCAGCAAGUGUGAGUGAACUCCCAGCACCGAGGAGACUUCGCUGGAAGUGCACACCAGAAAUUCACAAACUUCUCAACUCCUCAGCUGAAAAACUUCAGAGGCUGGUUAAGAAUCUGGACAUGAACGUCUAUAAGUUCUGCGACUAUGGCAAGGAGUUCAUCAAGAAGCAGAAGAUGAGUCCAGAUGCCUACAUGCAGGUGGCUCUUCAGCUGGCUUACUACAGAUGUCAUGGGAGGCCAGUUUCCACCUACGAGAGCGCCUCUAUCAGAAGAUUUAAGCAAGGCAGAGUGGACAACAUCCGGUCUGCCACACCAGAAGCCUUGGACUUUGUCAGAGCGAUGAGUGGCGAGAAAUUAGGAGCAUGUGGCACAGAGAAGAUGGAGAAGCUAAAAGGCGCCAUCACAGCUCAAACCAAGUACACUAUUCUGGCCAUCACCGGGAUGGCGAUUGAUAAUCAUCUACUGGGAUUGCGUGAACUUGCUGCAGAGCUCAAGAUGGAGAAGCCAGAGAUGUUUGCAGACGAAGCCUAUCGGAUCAGUAAUCAGUUCAUCCUCUCCACAAGCCAGGUCCCCACUACAGUCGAGAUGUUCUGCUGUUACGGACCUGUGGUGCCGAAUGGAUACGGAGCGUGCUACAACCCCCAGGCAGACCACAUUAUCUUCUGCGUGUCGAGCUUCCGCGAGAGUCCGGAGACAUGUUCAGCCGAGUUUGUCAAGUGUCUGGUGCAGGGGCUGAGGGAUAUGAGGGAUUUAUGUGAUAAAUACAACACCAUCUCCAGUCCAGCCAAGCAGAGACCAGCUCAGACGCUGGAGAGCCACACACAAACGGGCAGGAAGUGGCAGAGCAAAGCACAGCCGUCUAAUCCCACCAAGAACCUGCAGACGCCGCCACAAGUCCUGAUGAGGACUCCAGACCAGACUCAAGUGGAAGCUCACACACAAACAAACUUGACAAAGGGAGGCAUCCAAGCAUGGAAAAACGGAAAUGAAAUAUAGGAGUAGGAAUGUUUUUCAAAGUCUGGUAAGAACCUGAAGUGGAUGGAGCAGAAAUAAAAUCCCAAGGAACAGUUUCACUGCAGAGUAUGAUGAGAUGGAUUAUGAAAAUUAAAUAGUUCAAUUUCAGGGAACAGUGAGAAAUAAGAAGAGAAGUAGUGAUGAGUGACAAAAUGAAAACCUUAUUAUGGGAUCAAAGUUUAAAUGAUAGGAAAGAAGCUGUGGAAGAAAUCCUAACUAAGCUAUGCAACAAUGGACGCAUCUAUUAAGCUACAUUCAACAUGAGCAAGACAAAAUUAUGCGUCAUUACUAGGUUAGAUGCCAGAUUAAUUCUUGUGGAUGUUUUAAAAUCUAUAUUAAAACCAAAGCCACCUACGUCACCUGAUAACUGAAGUGUCGUGUAACAACCAGUGUGUAUCAAUGUUUUUGUGUGUUUUUUUGCUUAUUCACCUGCAGAGGGCCCUAAAAUGAACCAGACGGUAAUUUGACGUGUUAUUGUAGUGUUUUCUAAUUUUCAGGUGCUUCAGGGAGAUACAACCGUGUCACCUGUGUCACCAGAAGAGCAAACUGUACUGUACUGUAGAAGUCAUUGUUAUUUUGCACCAAAUAGAAAUGUAUCAGGCUUUGAUUUGUUUAUCUGGCCGUGGUCAGUGUGUUCUCGUUUGCUUCCAGUGACAGACACACACUUGUUACCCGUGUGCCUGUCAACCAGGGUAAAGUAGGUGUCAUGUGACUAUGAUGAUGAGUGACAGAUACUCUCGUGAUGUGUCAACAUGUAAAUUGCACGCUGCUAUCAGAGAUAGAUGAUGCGACGUCUUAAACCCACCUCUUCCUGAAUCAUCUGUUCCCAAAGUGUAUUUCUGUCGACUAUCAUUGCACACACUAGUAGAAUGAGUAAAGAGAAACAUAUUUAUUUGAUUUAAAUUUCAUAAAUGACAUGUAUUUGUAAAUGAUUAUGCAGAGUAUUUGUUUUUUAUUUUUGCAUCAUACAGCUAAGCGUGAAUGUAUAUCAUAAGAGAGGUGUUUUCAAUGUGAAAAAAAUAAUCUGAAAGGUGUAAUAAAUAUGAAUAUAAGGACAACAUUUUUUGACAUUUUUGCUUUCAUAUUAAUGGAAGACAGAAGUAAUUCAUUUCACAUUCACGAUAUAGUACCAUGGUCAUUGAUAACAUGAGUGGCAUGUAAAAGUGCUAUUAAUAUGUUAGACAUAUUUCUUAUUUAUAUGUAUAGAUUUAAAUCAUCACUUAACUUAUCACUUGCGAGUUGGCAGGUUGAAGACGUCGCUCCGCAGCUCAAAUAAUCUGGCAAAUUUAGCAGACUCUCAUUUGCACCCACAAUGGAGCAGUUAUCACUCGGCUUGGGCUUCUGUCUAUUCCACUAUUGUCUCCUCUGAUCUGCUGGAAAACACUAAACAAAGAUGUCAUCACAGGUGUUGGAAAUACUGUACUUCAAAACAAAGACAUCAAGUGCCAAGCAUACAAAACUUCAAAUUAAAGGAUGUAGUACAAAUGAAAACAUCAUUAUUGUGCUUAUAUGGCUUCUUCUUUAACU